UACAUGCAAAAUGCUGUUUAGCCCAAGACAUUUAGACUCCAUUGAUAGCCUGUUUUCUUAACUUUCAGCAUUACUCCAGUGGCUGUGUUCACAUUGGGUAGCACUUGCUCUAAGCACUUGUACUUGGGUUUGGCUGAAUUUAGUUGUCCCAAAUCCUCUUAAAGAAACCCCACAGGAAUCCCGCACAGGAAUAAGCUCACAAAGGCACUUACCCUGGAGAAAAGCCUCCACCACAGUGCUUAAUUCUUCAUGAGUAAUUACCAGAGUGCCACUGAGAUGCCUCUUAUACUGAGGAGUUUCAGAAUAUUACUCUAAUCUGUCCAGGUGAACGUGGUGGUAUACUCUUAAAAACAGGUUCUUGGACUGGAUGGAGAAACCAUCAUCUGCUAUAGGAAACAUUGCCUUCUUUACUUUAGUGCUUGACCUUUUUCCUCUGUAGCUCCUCCAUACUUGCAGCCAUGUAUGAUAUGGGAGGACUGGAGAACCUGGUGGCCAACACGGCCUACCUAAAGGCCCAAGCCGCAAUUGAAGACAAGGAACUGAAACGACGCCGGCAGAGCCGUCCUCUGCCCAAAUUGGAGCAAUGUACCACAAUUCGUUCCACCAUUGCCAUGGACUUCGAGCAGAUAUGUGAACGGCAGCCCAUCGGGAACAAGCUCUUUCGGCAGUUCCUCCAGGCCUCGGAGUAUGCGGUUGCCACAGAGCUUCUCGAUGAGCUGAAUGACUGGGCUCUUGCUGAGGCUGGAGCUAAAGAUAAAGCCAGGCAGAACAUCAUUAACAAGUUCUGCAGGAGCGACUCCAGCAGCUUCCUCUCCUACCUGACCGGAGACGUGGCCAGUAAGUGCCAGGCGGUUUCAGAGAAGGACUUUGAGGAGGUGAUGAUGGGGAGAGUGAAGGAUGCCACACAGGAGUUUUUGAGAGGGAAACCCUUCACUGAGUACCAGAGCAGUCUGUUCUUCGACAGGUUUCUGCAGUGGAAAGAGUUCGAGAAACAGCCGAUAUCAGAAAAGUACUUUUACGAGUUCCGGACUCUGGGAAAAGGUGGAUUCGGAGAGGUGUGUGCAGUGCAGGUGAAAAGCACAGGUCAGAUGUACGCCUGCAAGAAGCUGGAUAAGAAGCGUCUGAAGAAGAAAGGUGGGGAAAAGAUGGCUCUGCUGGAGAAGUGCAUCCUGGAGAAGGUGAACAGCCGGUUCGUGGUGAACCUGGCAUACGCCUACAGCACCAAGACCCACCUGGGUCUGGUGAUGAGCCUGAUGACCGGAGGUGAGCUCAAGUACCACAUCUACCACAUGGGAGAGCGAGGCAUCGAGCUGGACCGCGUCGUGUACUACACGGCUCAGAUUACAUCUGGUCUCCUGCACCUCCAUGCCAUGGACAUCGUCUACCGGGACAUGAAGCCUGAGAACGUCCUGCUGGACAGUCAGGGGCAGUGCAAGCUGUCGGACCUUGGACUUGCCGUGGAGCUGCCUGGCGGGAAGACCAUCUGCCAGAGGGCUGGCACUAACGGGUACAUGGCUCCUGAGAUUCUGAAGGGGGAGUCAUAUGGGAUGUCAGUGGACUGGUGGGCGCUGGGCUGUAGUAUCUAUGAGAUGGUCGCAGGUCGACUGCCCUUCAAGGACUACAAAGAGAAAGUCCAGAAGGAAAAGGUGGCACAGAGAACCCUGGAGGAUGAGUGCCAGUUCCAACACCAGGGUUUUGAAGCUUCCACCAUCGACAUAAUCAACCUCUUCCUGAAGAAGAAUGUAGAGGAACGACUUGGGUGCAAUGGUCAAGACCCUCGGAAGCACGAGUUCUUCAGUGCCAUCAGUUUUCCUCGUCUGGAGGCAGGGCUUAUCGCUCCCCCUUGGGUUCCUAAGCCCAAUGUAGUCUAUGCAAAAGACACAGGAGACAUCCGGAACUUCUCUGAGGUCAAAGGGGUGGAGUUUGAUGCUAAUGAUGAAAAGUUUUUUAAGGAGUUCAGCACAGGCGCAGUUCCAAUCCCUUGGCAGCAGGAGAUGAUUGAUAGCGGACUGUUUGAUGAGCUUAACGACCCAAAUAGGAAGGAAUUGAGCCGAGAAAUGAAUGAUAGGAAGUUCUCAAAAUCCUGCACUAUUCUUUAACAAUGUGAGUGUCGGAAAAAAAUACAGGGAAGAAUGUUAAUUUCAUACUAGAGUUUAGAUUUCGGUCCGAGAAUUCCCACCGUUUUCCUCGGGUUUUGUCGGGUUCGGCUCAAAAAUAUGGAGUAUGACGUAGACCUAAGUUUUUAAUGGAGCAAAUCACACUGUGAUCUUUGUGAUGCUGCACAAUUUAGCGCAUAUCUGAGCUUAUUCACUUACUUACAAGCUUUUUUGCAUGUUUUUUUUUUUUUUUUAAAGCUCCACAUGUCACUCUAUUGGUGCAGAGGGCUGUAUUUCAUACUUACAUUCUAAAUUAUUAUACAUGAAAAACAUUUUCCUGUAAAAUGAAUGAACUUUGCAGCAGUUUCACCAGAAUUGUCUGUUAUUUUACAUUAUAUAUGUUGGAAGAGCAAAUAUUAGCUGUCUGUAAUUGUGUUUGAUUAUUUAUUUGAAGUGAUUUUAUUUUUGUUUUUCACAAAAUUAUUAUUUAUCGAAUGCUGUGACAUGUUUGGAUUUGUAUUUUGUGUGUGUGCGGGGUUUUUCCUUUUGUUACUUUUUUUUAUUGCUCAUUUUCAUAGACUCUAUUGAAAUCUGCCCAAACCCCUGUGGGGUCCUGUGGUUCACCGACAGAGCCCUCUGUUCUGUUGCUUGUAACAUUGCUUAUGAUUCGAACAUCGCUGGUGUGACUAAGGGUUCUUUUUGUCAUUGUAUUUAAUGGUUGGCUUAAAACCAAACUACAUACAAAUGAUCCAAAACAGCCUACGACUACUGCAGCACCCUGCGGCUCAAUGGUCCACCGUUCUGUCACAGAAGGAAUUGUUCCUAUUUCAGACUGCGCCAGUUCAGAACUUUGAAUCUACAUUUAAUAUUGUCUCUGCAAGUAUGAGUAGUAGCACCAUAUGAUCAUAUAUACAUGUAUUGUGCUUGUAGGACUCUAUUAUGGCACUCUAUCUUGCAUUGUUCCACAUUAGGCUAAUACAUCCACAUUUCAUAAACACAAUGGUGUUUUUUUUUUUUUCAUUAUAUAAGCUUACAUCUACAUAAUACAUCUCAUUUGCAGCUUACACAUUGUAAAUUAUAAGCAUAUUUCUCUGAUGUAGUAGUCAGAAAAAGAGGGCACUGUUGCAGGCCAGCAUGAGUGCUGAAUCAACUGUAGUUACCACCAUCUACCAGCCAGUGUCAGUCUAUUACCAACCAAAAGAUCACAAUAAGGUUUCUCCAAGUCUUGAUCUCAACCCUACCCAAACUAUGUGCAAUGAGUUUAUAAGUUAGAUCCUUGCCAGACAGCCAAUUUUUAAGAAAAGAGAAAAAAAAACACUAUAAUUCAGGGCCAUAUUAAGUAAGAUAAGUAACAUACAAAUUAACAAAAAUAUCAGACAGGGGACAACACUCUGUGAUAUCCUCGUACUUAAUAAUAAUUUGGAAACCCACAAACCCCAAAUUAUAUGUAAUUAAGUGUUUAAAACCAAUAUUUAACAUGGUAUGGGUCGUUUAUCCAAACAAAAUAUGUUUUUUUAUCAUUGGCUCUAUGUAACUGUGUAUUGAUU